AUGUUUGUAAGAAGCAGUAACUUCUUUCACGACUGCGAGAACAAUCAUGAGUGGGAUUCCAAAACGAAAAGCAGUAUUUCUCUACCCUCUAGUCUUUCAAGUAUAUCAUUUAGCUCCAGCUAUAAUCCUACAGAUAGUUUAUUGUUCAGUGCUCCAGAUUGGAACAAAAAUCUAGUUCAGUUAUUUCAAGAGUUUAACGAAUGCGUAGAUUCAUUUCAUCAGGAUAACUCUGGAAAUAAUGAAAAAAAGAGAACACCAGAUCCACUAUCAAAUCAAACUGAUUCUAGUCAAAUUUCAGAACGUCAGAGACAUAUUUUGGCGAGAAUCGUGGAUCUUUUAUAUCUAAUUGAGCAAAGCGUCGAUAAAGCAGUUCCGCUGACGGUUCGAAGAAAGCCUCGGUGGAAUACGUGUUCAAUGAAGGAUGGCAUCCUGCAGUUGAACGAUAACGCAAAGAGAAAAAAAAAUAUUAAACCGAUUAACACCCGCCGGCUUCAAUUGAUAGUACGUAUGUUGGCCAGCAUCCAUCAACUUCUUGUCACCAAUAGUAGUUGUACAAAGCGAGAGCUUUACUACCUACAUGUGGAAUUAGCACAGACACCAGCAUAUGCAUACUCCACGCUUGACGACAUAUGUGCACUUCUAGAUGUAGAUGCCUGGGAAAUGAAUAUAUUCAACACUUCGAAAGGAUUAAUCGCUGGGCCAAUGAUGCUGAAACUUAACAGUGGUCACACUAUCGAUUGCAACAUUCGCUGGGGUACGUCAGUUCCCUUGGAUGUUGGCAGUGUCGUUGAUAUUCAGUUCUCGGCCAAACUAGUGCUAGUCGUAGAAAAGGACACCGUCUUUAAAAGGCUACUUCAAGAUGGUUUACUGGAUAAAUAUCCCAGUACAUUUGUGCUUAUAACGGGAAAAGGCUACCCUGACAUAUCCACUAGAUUAUUGCUGAAAAAGAUCGCUGACUUUUCAAAGGCUCCAAUUUUUGGGUUAAUGGAUGCCGACCCCCAUGGGAUCGAAAUAUUUUGUGUCUAUAAAUAUGGUGCAUUAGCUAUGGCACAUCGGCAACAAUCGUUGGCCAUACCAUCCAUGCGUUGGAUUGGUUUGUUUCCUUCGGAUAUAGAGCUUUUGGGACUUCAAGGCGUUGCGUUGAAAGAACCUGAAUUGAGAAGAAUCGGACAUAUAAUUAAGCGACCGUACACUGAAGAUCUCAUACAACGUGAACUUUUGCUACUUCGACAGCUCGGUUUCAAGGCGGAAAUAGAAAGUUUAUACAAUAUCGCCUCGGAUUUCUUAGUGUCCGUCUAUUUGAAAGGGAAGCUUAAAAACUUUAUGUAUCUUUUAGAAAAUACGGAAAAUAUAAUUCAGAUAGUAAAAUACCGAUACGGCAAAUGCCCGUCGUAA